UUUUUUUUUUUUUUUUUUUUAAUAUAAGCCGGAGAAACCUUAUCUUUUUUUUUGUUGUUCUUCUAACUAAAAAACACUUACACACUUUUUACAUAAAGUAAAUAUAUUAUAAAUGACUGAAAUUGCAGACAAAAGAAACAAUCUCUCGAUUAUUAAUUCCUUACCGGCAGUGAUUCCACCCACAACACGAUUUAAUUUCAUAAAGAACUGGUGGCACCGGUCGGAAAAGACGUCCAGCAUUGCUCAAGCACGCAUCAUUCAACGUAUUUACGGCGCUUUACCCGAUAGCACCAUUGGUAUUCCUACCUUUGCCAGAGUGGGUCGUAUACCGAUCGAUAAAGAACAAGUUGUUUCCAGUCGCCUUGCAAGAGAGGUCAACACUUUAUAUAUUUCUCAACAGCCGAAACAAGACACGGCCUUCAAGUUUGAAUCGGAACCGGGUAAUUUAGAGACAGUGAUCCAACAUGAUUUGAAACAAGAUCCUUCAGCACAUAACUUGGUCAUGUGUCAUGGCUACGGUGCAGGUCUUGGCUUCUUUUUUCGCAACUAUCAAAGCUUAUCUCAACAACCUGGCUGGAGACUCUUCUCGAUUGAUUGGUUAGGUAUGGGUAACAGCUCAAGACCCAAAUGGACCUUGAACAAAAAAUCCAACCAAACAUGGGAUGAAAUUGUGGAGCAUGUAGAGGAACAUUUUGUGGAAUCUUUAGAGGAUUGGCGUGCUAAAGUGGGUUUAGAAAAGAUGACUUUAUUUGGCCAUUCUUUAGGUGGUUACUUUGCUACCUGUUAUGCUCUUAAAUACCCUGAUCGUGUAGAGAAACUCAUCUUGGUCUCACCUGCUGGUAUCCCUGAAGAUACCGCCAAAAUACCUGUCGAUAAAAGUCCUCAAGAAACCCUUGUGCAAGAGGCAAAUGAGAUCAAUGCGUCCUACCAAGCCGAUGCUGCCGCAGUGGAAAAUAUCGCCAAACAAAUCGAUCCUCCUCGUAGAAAAAUGCCUUCUUGGGCCACUUAUCUUUGGGACAGUAAUAUUACACCCAUGAGUAUCGUGAGAAUGAUUGGCCCCUUUGGUCCCAACUUGGUUCACACUUAUACAUCCCGAAGAUUUGCUCAUCUCAAAGAAUCAGAACAACAUGAUCUUUAUGAUUAUUUAUACCAAAUUACCUCUUCUACUGGUUCAGGUGAGUUUGCUUUAGCUGCCAUUUUGGCACCGGGUGCAUUUGCGAGAAAACCGUUAUUCCAUCGUUUGGCGGACUUGAAAGUACCCACUGUAUUUAUCUAUGGUGAGCAAGAUUGGAUGGAUUAUAGAGCAGCCGAAAAGGCCAAGAAAUUCAUGAAGGUCCCUGUGAAAGUUAUUCGUAUCCCUGAAGGUGGACAUCACAUGUAUUUAGACAACCCAGAAGUGUUUAAUGAAGCUGUCAGAGCUGAAAUGAAUUAAUAAAACCGUCACUUUUAUGGAAAUUUAAAUAUUUUUUCUUUCUUUUUUUUUUUUUAACUCCUGUUCUUUCU